CCUGCAUGCGCUGCCACUAGGAUUUUAGGAGAAUGGGUGUCGUGGUCUUACUGCUGUUGCUCAGUUUUGGAACCCACUUAGUAUAUUCUGGCAAUCACAUUCUACAUUACUACUUUACUGCGGUGGUUUCAGAUGUGACCCAUGGCCUGCCACAGUAUUCAGUUGUAGGUUAUGUGGAUAACUUGUUUUUUGGAAGGUACAGCAGUGACACACGGCAUCCUGAACUUUUGAUUCCAUCACUAAAAGGACUUAAUGAUCUCAUAAAGGAGUUAACCAUUAAUGCACAUGACAAAGAGAAUGCAGAUAUAAUAAUGAUGAAACUGAUCAUGUCUUCAUUAAACAAGACUGGUGAUGGAGCUUUUCAUGUUUUCCAAAUAAAGUAUUCCUGUGAGCUGCGUGAGGAUGGCGGCAUUCAUGGAAAUGAAGACUUUGCAUUUGAUGCAAAAGAGUUUAUGACGUUUGAUACAGAAAAUCCACAGUACCUGCCAUUGGUCCAAGAGGCUCUGAUUGUAACUCAGAAAUGGAAUGGAAUUUUUGCAAAAUUAAAAACAGUAUACAUGGAAAAUGUCUGCAUCAGUCACCUGAAAUUUUAUCUUUCUCAUUUAAAAAAAGACUUGGAAAAGAAAGUUUCCCCCAAAGUGAAGGUUUCCAGCUCAGAGUCAGAGAGUGGUAUCAAACUGCACUGCAGGGUGUAUGGGUUCUACCCCCGAGAUGUGGAAGUGAAGUGGAUAAAGAAUGGGAGAGAUGAGAUUUACUCAGAGGAAUCAGCAGAGAUCCUGCCAAACCCUGAUGGCACCUAUCAGAUCAGAGUCAGUGUGGAGGUAACACCAGAGGAGGGCGCCACUUACUCCUGCCAUGUGGAUCACAGCAGUUUGGAGAAUCCAUUAGUUACACCUUUUGAAGCCAACAAUGGAAAGCUUCUCUAUAUUCUGAUCGCUGUUGGUGUGACCAUUAUUUUAUUUGCUGUUGUCCUGGGAGUAUUUAUAUACAGAAAGAAAUCUGGGAUCAAAUGGUCCAGAACAGCAGGAGAAGAGGAAAGAACAAACGGACACGGACCUUCCUGCAACAGGUGGAGGUGCUGCCCCAGGGAUAAGAGGAGAAUGGGUAUUGUUGUAUUUCUGCUGCUCAGUUGUGGAGCCCACUUAGCUUCUUGUGGCAGUCACAUUUUCCAAUACAGCACAACGCUGGUUUCAGAUCCGAAACAGGGCCUGUCGAAGUAUUCAGUUGUAGCUUAUUUGGAUAACUUGAUGCUUGGAACGUACAACAGCGACAAACUCGGCCCUGAGCCUUUGACUCCAUCGCAUUCGUCUUUCGAGCUUUAUGACGACAUAGAGGAGCUCACCAAAAUUAUAUAUCUCAAAGAGAGUUUAGAUAAAAUGAUGAUGAAAUUGAUCACAUCUUCAUUAAACAAGACUGGUGUUGAAGAUUUUCACGUUAUGCAAAUAAAGAAUGGAUGUGAGCUGAGUGAGGACGGCAGCAUUCGUGGUAAUGAAGAAUUAGCAUUUGAUGCCAAAGACUAUAUAACAUUUGAUACAGCAAACCCAGAGUAUAUCCCAGUAGUGCCGGGAGCUCUCAUUGCAGUUCAGAAAAGGAAGGAACUUUAUUCUAAAUUACAAAGGACAUACGUGGAAAAUGUGUGCAUCAGUCAACUGAAACUGCACCUUCCUUAUUUAAAAAAUGUCUUGGAAAAGAAAGUUCCCCCCAAAGUGAAGAUUUCCAGCUCAGAGUCAGAGAGUGGUACAAAACUGCACUGCUGGGUGUAUGGGUUCUACCCCCGAGAUGUGGAAGUGAAGUGGAUAAAGAAUGGGAGAGAUGAGAUUUACUCAGAGGAAUCAGCAGAGAUCCUGCCAAACCCUGAUGGCACCUAUCAGAUCAGAGUCAGUGUGGAGGUAACACCAGAGGAGGGCGCCACUUACUCCUGCCAUGUGGAUCACAGCAGUUUGGAGAAUCCACUGGUUGUUCCCUUUGAAACCAACAACGAUGGAAAGCUCCUCUACAUUCUAAUCGCUGUCAGUGUGACUGUUGUUUUAUUUGUUUUCCUGGGAAUAUUUAGAUACAGAAAGAGAUCAGACCAUCAACCCGUGACCACUGAAGAGAGAGAGAGAGACUGAAACAAGCUACUAAAAAACACUUUACAUUUGCAUUACCUUUACAAAUAGUCCUUUUCCAUCUGCAUUUGACUAAGUAGGAAAAAAAUUAAUUUUUUUGAAAUAUUUGACAAAACCCUGUUCAGAAUGAGAGGACAGAUGGAGUAGUGAUGUGCGGGCCGACCCAAUACCCGCGGGACCCGUGGGUCGGGCGGGUUCUGG